AGAACCUUAACAUUAAUAGUCCACUUUGCAUCGUUUUUUGUCUGUUUUUCUAAUUAGAGGAGUGUUUUUUCAUGCAUGUUUUACUUGUUGAUAACUGAACUCUUGGACGUUGGAGGGUCUGGUCACUGUGACGAUGCUGUGACUGGGAGGAAGGAUGGCGAUGACCCUGACAAAGACUGCGAACCUCAUCACGGCGCUGCUUUUCCUUUUCCAGCUACAAAUAAGCUUCACCAAGUUUAAAUCUGCGUAUGGAGUCUACCGUACUGACGCACAGGGGCUGUCUGUUCCAGAGGUACGGCCGUAUGUCGUCCCAGGAAACAACAAGCCCAGGGCCAGGAGUCCCAGGUCUGGGGCCCCUGGCUGGGCUGCACAUAAGAGGGGCCACUACAGAGACCAGCACAAACCAGAGGAGUCAGAUCCAGACCUGCUGUUGGAUGAGGGGCACGACAAUUCCACACAGAUUGUGGAUGUUGAUCAUGCUUACUAUACAUCUAAAAUCUACGGUUCUGGAGACGCAGCCAGUAAAGAUCUGUGGGUGAACAUCGACAAGAUGGAAGAGGAUGAGUGGAAGGUCUGUGGCUUCCUGUCCAGCACCUACAGACAAGCUGAGAGAGUGAAUCUUUCCUUUGACUUCCCUUUCUAUGGACAUAUACUAAAAGAAAUCACCGUGGCAACUGGAGGGUUCAUUUACACUGGAGAUAUACUUCACCGAAUGCUCACAGCCACUCAGUACAUUGCCCCUCUAAUGGCCAAUCUUGACCCGAGUCUGUCCAAAAACUCUACUGUGUUUUACUUUGACAAUGGCACUGCCCUGGUGGUUCAGUGGAGCCGGAUUCACCUCCAGGACAACAUCAGUUUAGGAUCUUUCACCUUCCAGGCCGUUCUGCACAGUGAUGGACGUAUCGUCUUUGCAUACAAACAGAUUCCUUUAGACAUCAAUGACAUCAGCACGGACAAUCAUCCGGUUAAAGUGGGCUUGUCGGAUGCUUUUGUGGUUCUUCAUGAGAUACAGCAGAUCCCCAAUGUUCGGAGGAGAACCAUUUAUGAGUAUCACAAAGUCGACAUCCUCAAGUCCAAAAUCACAAAUUCUACAGCUGUGGAGAUGCUACCUCUCCCAACAUGUCUCCAGUUCUCCAGCUGUGGUCCAUGUGUCACUUCUCAGAUUGGCUUUAACUGCAGCUGGUGCAGUCGGCUAAAAAGAUGCUCCAGUGGCUUUGAUCGUAACCGGCAAGAUUGGGUCGACCUCGGCUGCCCGGAGGAGAGAAGAGAUCUCCGGUGUCUCCGAAAAACUGAUGUCACAAACGCCACAUCUCGCCACCUCACACAUACGACCACUCCUGUUACAACGACCAAGAAGCAGCAGAGGUCCUCCAGCGUGACCUCCAACCCCCCCAGCAGGACGUCCUCCGUCACCAACCCCUCAACCCACAGCAGCACAAGCAGAAGAAUACUAUCCACUCCACAGCCUCCAACCAGCAAACCUGCAGAAGAUGACUCAAAAACCUCUAUGCACAUCAAUGAAGCACCAGGAGACGAGGUGACCACAGGAGAGAGUGAUGAGCGGCCGCAGACCGGUCUACUAACGGGCAUCGUCAUGGUGAUGGUCAUCAUGGGAGCAGCGGUCCUGAUGUCUGUCUACAUGUACAACCACCCCACCUCCACCGCCAGCCUCUUCUUCAUGGAGCGGCGGCCGACUCGCUGGCCAAUCAUGAAGUUCAGACGGGGCUCCGGCCGCCCUUCCUACGCCGAGGUGGAGGCUCCUAGUCAGGACAGCGUGGUGGUCAUCGACCCCAAACAGUCUUUCGUCAUGUCGGACAGACGAGAGAGUGAACAGAAAGAAGGAUUCAUAGUUCCUGAUCAGAGGGAGCGCUUCCUGGUCUCAGAGAGCUGA